AUGCCUUCCAAUGAAUCUUCUAUGCCUCGGCUUCCCAAUUCUAUGCCUGAGAAGGCUCUCUCGGUUGAGGCUGUGGGAGAAUUGCUACAAAAGAAUAUGGCAGCAGAUAUACCUCCAUCCCGCGAUCUUGGAAGAUUUACAACAACCAAUUUCGAUGAGACUGCUAUGAAUCUCAUGAUCGCAGGUGGUCUACAAAACCAAGCAUGUAUUGAAGAGUACCCAUCUCUGGCAGAAUUUGAAGAAAAAUGCAUCGCCAUACUCGCCAAUCUUUGGAAUGCCCAGAUUGGCUUUUUCGGCGCUGCAACGACGGGGUCCUCUGAAGCUGUUCUUCUGGGUGGUCUCACGAUGAAACGACAGUGGCAGCGGAAUCAUCCUGACUCUUUGGGCUCUCGUCCUAAUGUGAUCAUUGGGGCCAAUGCACAUAUUUGCAUCACUAAGUUCGCGGAUUACUUUGAUGUCGAGGCUAGGAUUAUACCUGUCAGUGAAAAAAGUGGAUAUGCGUUUGAUGUGAAGGCUUUGGAAGCUCACUUGGAUGAGAGGACAAUUGGGGUUUUCUUGACUGUUGGAUCUACCUAUACGGGGCAUUUUGAUCCUGUCCAGCAAGUCUCGAUGGUGUUGGAUGAGUACGAGUAUCGGAGCGGAAACAGCAUUCCCAUCCACGUCGAUGCUGCAAGUGGUGGCUUCAUUGCACCGUUUACUUCCAGCAACACAACCUUCAUCUGGGAUUUCCGUCUCCCUCGCGUGCAAUCCAUCAAUGCCUCAGGACACAAGUUCGGCCUGACUCCUCUCGCAGUAGGAUGGAUCGUCUGGCGUGAAAAGUCCCAGAUUCCACAAGAACUUCUGCUCGAGUCUUCUUAUCUCCGGGGAACUCAUAGCAAUUUCUCGUUGAGUUUCUCGAGAUCGGGUGUACCUAUCGUGGGUCAAUAUUAUAACUUCCUCCGUUUGGGACUGGCUGGGUAUCGGGAUAGAACCCAGAGCUUGUUUGAUCGGGCUUCUCGUUUGAGUGCUCUGCUAGAGGAGACGGGGUUUUUCUGCUGCUUGGGCGAUGCUCAUCGGCGGCAGAGUGCAGCUGGUUACCAUACGCUGUGUCGGGGAGGUGACCAAGCUGCUGCUGCUCCUGUGCUUCCCAUUGUGGUAUUUAGGUUGACUGAUCGUGUUCGACGACAGUAUCCUAACCUCCAGUUAUCCAAUGUUAGUGAUGCAAUGCAAGGUUUGAACUUCUCUAUUCCGAACUACACCCUUCAUGGUUGGGGAGCUCAGGGUGAAGAUAUCGAAGUCAUCAGAAUAGUUAUUCGCGAUGAGAUGACGACGGACCUGAUGGGAGAAGUGCUUGCGGGCAUAAUUCAGGCAGUGGAAAGACUGAUGGACCAGGCAUACCUACUACAGGACUCGUGA